AUGAGUCUUUUAAAUGGUAGCUGGUUUCAACCAUCCACUCUCCUUCUAACUGGAAUUCCUGGAUUUGAGACUAUACAAAUUUGGAUCUCUAUCCCAUUAUGUAUUAUGUAUCUAAUCGCCCUCCUCGGAAACUGUACUAUUCUUUUUGUUAUCAAAAUCACCUCCAGCCUUCAUGAGCCUCAGUACAUCUUUCUGUCCAUGUUGGCAGCCACGGAUGUGGGACUAUCUUUAUCAACUAUACCUACAGUACUUAAUGUCUUCCUCCUAAAUCAAAGAGAGAUCGAGUUCCAUUGCUGCCUAACACAGAUGUUUUUCAUUCACACCUUUUCCUCCAUGGAGUCAGCCAUUCUAUUAGCCAUGGCCUUUGACAGAUUUGUAGCUAUCCGAAACCCACUGCACUACACUGUGAUCUUAACUUAUUCUCGUAUUACUGGGAUGGGGAUUGCAGCUGUGGUUCGAGGUGUGAUGUUAAUGGCACCCUUGUCAAUCUUACUCAAGAGACUUUCUUUCUGCAAGGGUGUUAUUCUUUCUCAUUGCUACUGCUACCACCCUGAUGUUAUGAAACUGGCCUGUGGCCCUGUCAAAGUCAACAUCAUCUAUGGGUUGUGUCUUGUCAUUUCCUCUUUUGGAGUUGACUCUGUGUUCAUUAUUAUCUCAUACAUUCUGAUUUUGAAAACAGUACUAGGAAUUGCCUCCGAAGAUGGGAGACUUAAGGCACUAAAUACUUGUGUUUCCCACAUUUUUACUGUCUUUAUCUUUUAUGUACCACUUAUUAUAUUGGCUCUAAUUCAUAGGUUUGGCAAAUUCAAAACUCCUCUUCUUCAUGUUACUAUGGCCAAUCUUUUCCUCUUCCUAACCCCUGUCCUUAAUCCCUUGGUUUAUAGCUUAAAAACAAAACAGAUAAGGUAUGCUAUGCACAAGAUACUCAAAGGAAGAGGACACUUACUCAAAUAG